AUGGGAAAUAGGCCCACAUCGAAAAAUAAAUCAUCGAUAGGAAAUCCGACAACUCCAUUGGAGGAUUUAAAUAUCGUUUGGUUAGAUGCUUUUACUCACGAGGAUUCCGAUCGUACCUUCAAACUUCUGCCGAAUCUUCAACAAAUUUUACCUUCGAUUCGAACAUUUAACAAUGUGACACAUUGCGAAGCCUUCCUCCAGAAUGAAGUCCAUAACAAUCAAAUCGUCUUCUUGAUUGUUUCUGACACAUUCGCCGAGGAAUUUCUUCCACAUAUUCGUGAUCUGUCUUACAUUAACUCGACCUAUAUCCUCGGUCGUUCCGAUGCGAAAUCCGGAGAGAAGAUUUUCUCUGAUAUAUCUGAACUUUGCCGUCAACUGAAAGAAGACGUACGUGACUGUCAAAAUGAUUUAACUCCAAUACAUUUGCUCAAUAACAUUCAACGUGAUAAUCAACUUGAUCCAAGUUUUAUGUACUCUCGCCUAUUGAAAGAAACACUGAUCAAUAUCGAUUACGAUGAAAAUGCGAAGAAAGACUUUGUUGAGUACUGUCGAUUGCAAUUCAAUCGACUGCCGGUACUCGAUGAUUUCGAAAGAGAUUACGAAAAGCAUUCACCGAUUUGGUGGUACACAAGAGACUGUUUCGUUUAUGAAAUGCUCAAUAAAGCACUUCGGACGGGUGAUAUCGACAUUCUGAUCAAAAUGGCGUUUUUCAUCCGUGAUCUCCAUCAGCAAAUCCAGCGUUUAUACGUUUCGCAAGAUCAUCAUUCGAUGAUUGUCUAUCGGGGCCAAGGAACGUCAAUCAGUCAAUUUGAAAGCUUAUGUCAAUGCAAAGGUGGCUUGAUUUCAUUUCCGAACUUUCUAUCGACUAGUCUAGACAAGGAAGUUUCUUUGGACUUCGCUCGUCGUGCGAUUAUGAAACCAGGCCUUCGUGGAAUUCUCUUUCGAAUGAAGAUCGAUCGGAAAUAUUCGAACAGCUCCAAUCCGUAUGGAUCGAUCAACAAGUUCAGUUAUUUCAAAGGACAGGAAAAGGAGAUUCUCUUUUCUACGCACACAGUUUUUCGUCUGGAAGACGUUCGCCCGAUGAAGGAUGAACCGAAAAUCUGGGAAAUUGAUUUGAAACUCACUACAAACGAAGACGAUGUUCAACUUGAACAAUUGACAAAACAUUUCCGCGAAGAUUUACAAUCAACAACGAAUCAGUGGGAGAAUUUAGCGAAAUUGUUGUUAACCAUGGGUGAAUAUGAUAAAGCACAACAAAUCUACGAAAAUCUCCUAGAAAAGACCUUCGAAGAUGAUUAUGACCAAUUAGCUUUUCUCUAUCAUCAAUUGGGUUGUGUUUAUAACGAGAAGAAAGACUUCGAACAAGCACUCAGCUACUUUCAAGAGUCACUUUAUCUCAAAAGAAAAUAUUCACCCGAUCAACUAGCUGAUUCGUACUCAAACAUUGGUUCAAUCUUCCAUAGACUAGGUAAACUUGAUGACGCACUGCAAUAUUUCCAAUACGCAUUGGAAACAAAUACAAACGACGAAGGAAUUUUAGCGUCGCUCUACAAUAACAUCGGUAUGGUUUUGAAAAAACAAGGAGAAUAUGUUGGUGCUAUAAAACAUCUAGAGAAAAGUCUUCAGAUCGAUUUAAGUCGUCUUCCAUCAACGCAUCCUGAUCUGGCCAUAACCUAUUCCAAUAUUGGACGAGUUUAUAUUAAUUUGAAAGACUAUUAUCAUGCUGCAAAGUAUUUCCAGAAAACGGUGAACAUCCGCCGACUUUCACUCCCACAGAAUCACCCGUCGUUGUUGAUCGCGAUUGCUAACUACGAAAACACAUUAGCGUUGCUACCUGAAAAUAAUUUACAGGCGACUUCAUCAGCUCCGGUUCAAUCAACAUCUUUUAAGCAUUCACAUCGAUUGGAUAGAGCACUUUCAAGUUAUGUGAAGAUGCUUAAAAGAAAACCUAAGUAUUGA